AUGUCGACACAACCGUUAGCGUAUGUCCAUGAUAAAGAGAUUGUAUUUGUAGAACAAAAUAAUUUACCGCAUAAAAAAAAUGGAAGUUCAUUCUUUUCUUCCUUUAAAGUCUUUAAGUUAAAGGGACCAAUUGAUGAAAUUAGUUUAUAUGAUGUAAUUUUCCCAGAUGGCAAAAAAGACUUUCGUAUCGAAACAUUUAAUUACACUGGCGAAUCAACAAAGGUUAAAUUUCAUUUCACCAAUAAAACCCAUUUGGAUUUGGUUAAAGCUUUACAGAAUGCCGCUUCAAACCUUAAGCAUUUUUCAGAAAAUGGUCUUUUAGACUGGUUUGCGACCGAUUCUAUGACACUAAAAACAAUAUUUCCAUCUAUCAAUGACCAAAAUCUACUUUCAUCUUCCACAACUCCACAAAAUGAUGAAGAUUUGGAUGUUUCAAAUUAUCAAAUAAUUGAUGAAGAAAAAUUAAGAGCGGAUAUAAAAUCCUUAUCAGAAGAUUUGAAAUUAAAACGUCAAAAUUAUUCUGAUAAAAUUUUUGAUCAAUUAUUUUAUGAUACAUUUCGAAGACGAAAUAUGAACGUGAGCUUAAAUGAUUUAAGAUCCGAGUUUUUUAGCCAAUUAGAUUUGGUCCAUUGUUUUUUAGGAAAUAAUAAAGAAACUUAUGAAAGUAAUGAUAAUAAUUUAUUGUGUCCUGAUCAAAUCAAAGAUACUAUGAUUCGCUACAUGUUUAAAACUUUAGAAUUUCAUCUUUUCGACAGUCAAGUUAGUAGCGUCUAUCCUAAAGACUGCAAACUUGGAUUAGUCAUUUUUUUAUGGAAUCUUAAAGUUACUAUCUACUCAAUCUAUGAAUCUUAUCAAGAGCUCAAGUCAGCAGACCAAAGUGUUAAAGCUAUUCUUGAAGAAGAAAAACCAAAAUUUCGAAAUAUGGCUUCAAAUAUGGAGAUUUGUGUUUCGGAUAUCUUAAAUAUUCUUAAAUUAGAUGAUGGUGAUGAUAAUAUUUUACAAGCGCAAUAUACAAAAUUAAAAGGACGUUUAUCAUUAUUUUGUGAAGCCACUAUUAGUCUAUUGGAACUUGUAAAAUAUAUUUCUAUUAAAUGUGACGAACAAAUCAAAAAUUUGGAAGGUCAAAACCAAAGUUUAACUACCAAAUUAAUUGUUGGUGCAUGUACUCUUGCAUUUACCGUUGGUACGGGCUUAUUAUACGCUUACACGAAGAGCUCUAAUAAUGAUUCCAGAGACGACAAGUCUAAAUCAUUUGAGAAAUACGCCAAAGUAGGAGCUAUUGCUACUGCUGCUGCUGCGGGCAGCCUAACAAUUGGAAGUGGUAUGUAUGUUCGCUCAGAUCUUCAGUCAACAAUUUCUCGUCUAACAGACACCCUGAAACAAUUAAGAGAUCUUCAUGAUCAAUUAAAAGAUUGGUCUUUUCAUGGACAAAACUAUUUAAAUCGGGAUUAUGAAGAAAUAUGUGAAUAUAAAUUACAUUUACUUUCCCUAUUUUCAGAUAUUAAAGAGCAAUGCAAAAAGCUUGACUUAGCUUUGGAAUAUUAG